GGCAGGCAGCGGCUCCGCGGCAGCGCGGAGGGCAGGUGAACUCCGGGGAAGGAUGAGCGGCGUGGCCGCGAUCGUCUUUUUCCUGCAGCUCUUACCCAGGGCGGACGGACAGGUUUUCCCAGGAGGUUGUUCAUUUGAUGAGCACUACAGUAACUGUGGUUACAGCGUCGCCUUGGGAACCAAUGGAUUUACCUGGGAGCAGAUCAACACCUGGGAAAAGCCAACAAUGGAUCCUGCUGUCCCAACUGGCUCCUUCAUGAUGGUGAACAGCUCUGGGAGAGCAUCAGGGCAGAAAGCUCACCUGCUGCUGCCCACUCUGAAGGAGAAUGACACCCACUGCAUCGACUUCCACUAUUACCUGUCCAGCCGCGACCGCUCCAGCCCCGGCUCCCUCAACGUCUACGUCAAGGUCAACGGGGGCCCCCAGGGCAACCCCAUCUGGAACGUGUCAGGAGUGGUGACCGAGGGCUGGGUGAAGGCAGAGCUGGCCAUCAGCACCUUCUGGCCACAUUUUUACCAGGUGAUAUUUGAGUCUGUCUCUUUGAAAGGACACCCUGGGUACAUAGCUGUGGAUGAAGUCAGAGUCCUCGCCCAUCCCUGCAGAAAAGCCCCGCAUUUCCUGCGGCUGCAGAACGUGGAGGUGAACGUGGGGCAGAACGCCACCUUCCAGUGCAUCGCCGGGGGAAAGUGGUCACAGCACGACAAGCUCUGGCUCCAGCAGUGGAACGGGAGGGACACAGCCCUGAUGGUCACUCGAGUGGUCAACCACAGGCGUUUCUCAGCCACGGUCAGCGUGGCCGACACGUCGCAGCGCAGCAUCAGCAAGUACCGCUGCGUCAUCCGCUCCGACGGCGGCUCCGGCGUCUCCAACUACGCCGAGCUCAUCGUCAAAGAGCCUCCCACCCCGAUCGCGCCCCCGGAGCUGCUGGCCGUGGGGGCCACGUACCUGUGGAUCAAACCCAACGCCAACUCCAUCAUCGGGGACGGGCCCAUCAUCCUCAAGGAGGUGGAGUACAGGACCACCACGGGCAACUGGGCAGAGACCCACAUCGUGGACUCCCCCAACUACAAGCUGUGGCACCUGGACCCCGACGUGGAGUACGAGAUCCGCGUGCUGCUGACGCGCCCUGGGGAAGGGGGCACGGGGCCCCCCGGGCCCCCCCUGACCACCAGGACCAAGUGUGCAGACCCCGUGCACGGGCCGCAGAACGUGGAGGUGGUGGACAUCCGCUCGCGGCAGCUGACGCUGCAGUGGGAGCCCUUCGGCUACGCCGUGACGCGCUGCCACAGCUACAACCUCACCGUGCACUACCAGUACGUCUUCAACCAGCAGAAAUUCGAGGCAGAGGAGCUCAUCCAGACCUCCUCCCACUACACCCUGCGGGGGCUCCGGCCCUUCAUGACCAUCAGGCUGAGGUUGGCUCUCUCCAACCCCGAGGGCAGAAUGGAAAGCGAGGAGCUGGUGGUGCAGACUGAGGAGGACGUGCCUGGACCCGUUCCCCUGGAAUCUAUUCAAGGAGGACCUUUUGAAGAGAAGAUCUACGUUCAGUGGAAGCCUCCGAAUGAGACAAAUGGCAUCAUUACACUCUAUGAGAUCACAUACAAGGCCGUUGGGUCUCUGGAUCCCAGUGCUGACCUGUCCAGCCAGAGAGGGAAAGUCUUCAAGCUGCGCAAUGAAACCCAUCACCUCUUUGUGGGAUUGUACCCAGGCACCACCUACUCGUUCACCAUCAAAGCCAGCACGGUCAAGGGCUUUGGGCCACCCAUCACCACCAGGAUUGCAACCAAGAUCUCAGCCCCGUCCAUGCCGGAGUACGACACGGACUCACCCCUCAACGAGACUGACACCACCAUCACUGUCAUGCUGAAACCUGCUCAGUCCCGGGGAGCACCUGUCAGUGUCUACCAGCUCGUUGUGAAGGAGGAGAAGCUGCAGAAAGCCCGGAGAGCUGCAGACAUCAUCGAGUGCUUCUCAGUGCCAGUCAGCUACAAGAACGCCUCCAGCCUGGACUCCCCACACUACUUUGCAGCUGAGCUGAAGCCCAUCAACCUUCCUGUCACACAGCCCUUCACCGUGGGCGACAACAAGACCUACAAUGGCUACUGGAAUGCUCCUCUGUCUCCCCUGAAAAGCUACAGCAUAUACUUCCAGGCUCUUAGCAAGGCCAAUGGAGAAACAAAAAUCAACUGUGUCCGGCUGGCAACAAAAGCAGUGAUAGGUAGACACCAGGUGACCACGCCAAACCCGCCCAGCCUCUUGAGCACAGGAGCUUCCACCCAGAAUUCCAACGCAGUGGAACCUGAAAAGCAAGUUGACAGCACGGUGAAGAUGGCUGGAGUUAUAGCUGGUCUCCUGAUGUUUGUUAUUAUCCUCUUGGGAGCAAUGCUUACCAUCAAAAGAAGAAGAAAUGCAUAUUCCUACUCCUAUUACUUGCAUUCAAGCCAAUGUUUUAGGGGCCUCUCUGUCUUCUACAGGACCAGGAAGCUAGCCAAGAAGCAGAAGGAGACUCAGACCAGCACGCAGAGGGAGAUGGGUCCUGUGGCUACUUCUGACAAGACCUCCACCAAACUCAGUGCUGUUCACAAUGAAGAAGCUUUUUCUUCCAGCUGCCAAGAUGUUAAUGGAUUCACAUCACCCUCUCCUUGUUCAUUUUCUGUCCAAAGCAAAACCCUUCAGAGCAAAUCUAUGUUGAAUUCCUACUACUCAGUUUCAUCAGACACCGUCCCAUCGACCACGCUGUUAGACAGCAGCCAUGGGGAGCUGGCCCAGCCCACGCUGACCAUCCAGACCCACCCGUACCGCAGCUGCGAGCCCGUGGAGAUGUCCUACCCCCGGGGGCAGUUCCAGCCCGCCAUCCGAGUGGCAGACCUGCUGCAGCACAUCACCCAGAUGAAGAGGGGACAGGGCUACGGCUUCAAGGAGGAGUAUGAGGCACUCCCCGAGGGGCAGACGGCGUCCUGGGACACGGCCAAGGAAGACGAGAACCGCAACAAGAACAGAUAUGGAAACAUAAUCUCCUAUGAUCACUCAAGAGUGAGACUGCAGCUGCUGGAUGGGGACCCUCACUCUGACUACAUCAACGCCAAUUACAUCGACGGGUACCAUCGGCCUCGCCAUUACAUUGCAACUCAAGGGCCGAUGCAAGAGACAGUGAAGGAUUUCUGGAGAAUGAUUUGGCAAGAAAACUCUGCGAGUGUUGUCAUGGUCACCAACCUGGUGGAAGUGGGCAGGGUGAAGUGUGUUCGAUACUGGCCAGAUGACACAGAGGUCUAUGGAGAUAUUAAAGUCACAUUAAUUGAGACAGAGCCCUUGGCAGAGUAUGUCAUCCGUACCUUCACUGUCCAAAAGAAAGGCUACCAUGAGAUCCGAGAGAUUCGGCAGUUCCACUUCACCAGCUGGCCGGACCACGGCGUGCCCUGCUACGCCACGGGGCUGCUGGGCUUCGUGCGCCAGGUGAAGUUCCUCAACCCCCCCGAGGCAGGACCCAUCGUGGUGCACUGCAGUGCUGGGGCCGGGAGGACAGGGUGCUUUAUUGCCAUUGACAUCAUGCUGGACAUGGCAGAGAACGAGGGCGUGGUGGAUAUAUUCAACUGCGUGCGAGAGCUGCGCUCCCAAAGGGUCAAUUUGGUGCAGACAGAGGAGCAGUAUGUGUUUGUCCAUGAUGCCAUUUUGGAGGCAUGUCUCUGUGGCAACACAGCCAUUCCAGUCUGUGAGUUCAGAUCCAUAUAUUACAACAUCAGCAGACUGGAUCCACAGACCAAUUCCAGCCAGAUAAAAGAUGAGUUUCAGACCCUGAACAUCGUGACGCCGCGGGUGCGGCCGGAGGACUGCAGCAUCGGGCUGCUGCCGCGCAACCACGACAAGAACCGCUGCAUGGACGUGCUGCCCCUGGACCGCUGCCUGCCCUUCCUCAUCUCCGUGGAUGGCGAGUCCAGCAACUACAUCAAUGCUGCACUCAUGGAUAGCCACAAGCAGCCUGCUGCCUUCAUUGUCACCCAGCACCCCUUGCCCAACACCAUCACAGACUUCUGGAGGCUGGUGUUUGAUUACAACUGCUCCUCCGUGGUGAUGCUCAACGAGAUGGAUGCAGCUCAGCUCUGCAUGCAGUACUGGCCAGAGAAGACAUCCUGUUGUUAUGGCCCAAUCCAGGUGGAGUUUGUUUCAGCAGAUAUUGAUGAAGAUAUCAUCAACAGGAUAUUCCGGAUUUGCAACAUGGCCAGGCCGCAGGACGGGUACCGCAUCGUGCAGCACCUGCAGUACAUCGGCUGGCCGGCCUACAGGGACACCCCGCCCUCCAAGCGCUCCCUGCUCAAGGUGGUCAGGAGGCUGGAGAAGUGGCAGGAGCAGUACGAUGGCAGAGACGGGCGCACCGUGGUCCACUGCCUGAACGGUGGCGGCCGCAGCGGCACCUUCUGUGCCAUCUGCAGUGUGUGUGAGAUGAUCCAGCAGCAGAACAUCAUCGACGUGUUCCACAUAGUGAAAACGCUACGGAAUAACAAAUCCAACAUGGUGGAGUCACUGGAACAGUAUAAAUUUGUAUACGAGGUUGCACUGGAAUACUUGAGUUCCUUUUAGCCCAGCCAAGGGAGGGGACCCCACGAUGUGCCAGACCCCAAACUCUGGUGGAUGCUUCUCCCCUGUCCCACACUGGAAGGCAGUAACAAGUGUGGGGAGGAAAACUUCUCCUGCCUUCCCAGCAAGAGACUGAGGUUGCAGAGACCUCGCUGGAAGGAGGAGGCGAUGCCUGUGUGUGCUGCUGCCUGCUUUCUAUGGGAACAUCUACUGCUUCUUAAAUAACUUACUGUAAAAAUUAGCAACAUGGAGACAGGCUGAAAGACUGGACUUUCUAAUCCCCUCUGACUUCUCUCCUCUUUUGGAUUGUGUUUUUGUUCUGCUUGCUGCAGACUGGGGAAGGAAUGAAACCCUUAGGAAAUUA